CGAUUGUAUGCUGCUGGUAACGUUGGUAAGUCGGUAUUAAGUGUAGAGGACUGUUGGAUAAUAUCAACUUACAUUUAAAAUUUUUACAUUUCAGACCGACUGGUAUCCUACGUAUCUGUUUUUCUUGGUUAUGUUUACGCAACUUACAGUCUACUUUGUCGUUGGACAUAUUGUUGAGCUUAAGAUUGAUGAAAUGUACAACAAAGUGAUCUCGAUGCCAUGGUAUAAGCUACCGGUAAAGGAGCAGAAAGAGUUUUGCUUCCUGAUGGCCAAACAACAGCGUCCCAUGAUGCUGACAGCGUACGGAUUUCAUCCAAUGAACUUUGAAGCGUACAUGAGCGUGUUGAGAGGCUUGUACCAGUUUUUCGUAAUGAUCUUGCAGUACGUUGGAUAAAGCAUCGUUUCACUGG